ACACUGUUGCACUCAUACAGCGCAAGUCAUCCCAGUCUACGACGAUCCGCUGUCAGCAGCAACCGUCAUGGUCGUCGUCUCAAUGAGGAGUGAGAGAUGCAGUGCUCAUCGGCCGGCGAUCAAGUGCAGCCUGGCGGCGUGGCCCUGGGCGUAGGUACGUAAAUGAGCUGGGGCGUCGCGAACAAAGGAAAGAAAGAGACGCGUAGCAGAAAGUGGAACAAAGGCGAUCUGAGUAGGCGCCGGCGUUGACGCCGAGGGCAGAGCAGAGCAUGGCAAGGGCGAUGCUUGACAAUCUGCGACAUCAACAUCAACACAAACACACACAUCGUACACACAUAUACACGGCCUGCGGUCGAUCUCGAGUACCUCGGCCACUUCCAACUCACAGACGACCCUGCUACACUUGACCUUGCAGUGCACCUCAGAUGAGGGACGAGGACGAGUGGACAGACGACGAAGUUGACUAUCAGAACUACAGGUCCAGCACUGGCAGUGAUAGCGUCAAUCGCUUCCCACGCUCGCCUUCACCCUCUUCCUCUCCCUCUACCUCACCCAAGCCGUAUCGUGGACGUCUUCAGGAACACUUUAGCUGGGCUGUCUCCCCCAACACCAUCGAUCGGGCUUUGCGCAGCACUCAACCUUCGCGGCUGAGACACCAAGCAUCGAGCGAAUCAGCUGCACCAUCAACGAGGGGCCGCCUUGCCUCAGAUCCAGCACCGGCAGAAGUCUCGACGAUUGCCUUUCACUUCUCAAUUGGUGAAGACGACGACAGCGACGAGGAAGAGAAUCCCUUUGAGCCGCAAUCACAAGCACAGUCCACUUCCACACGCACUCGUAGUGGACGGCCAUCGCCGCUAGCGCCCCUUUCGGUACAGACGAGACGGCUGGCACCAUCCUCUACAAACUCAUCGCCUCUGCUAGCUCUCCUCUCUCUACCUCUCCCGAGCUACGCCCCUCUCACUCCUCCCGGUCAUCAGCUUCAAGAGAGCGGACCCAACUCACCUAGCCUCGCCCUCUCCAAUGCCGAAGAGGAACAGUCAAAUCACGAAUGCGGCACGAGCGAGCACUCUGCCUCUUCACCCGUAUUCAUACGUGACCAACCCCUCUCUGCCACACUCAGGAGGUUGGGAGCCAGGAGGAAAUCGCAAAAGUUGGAGCAGCCCGUGGAGGAGGAGGCGGGGGAGGAAGAUUGCAUCUUUGCAAGCGAACAGAGGAGGGCUUUCAGCAGUGGUCGCUUUGACCCUCGUCCGGCUGGCUUUGGAGGUGGACCAGUCCCACAAUCGAGAAGUGGAGUGGUCAGUACUGCGCCGCGAGGUGUUCCUUUGGCGACCGUGCAAAAGGACGAUGUACCGGAAAAGCUGGCUGAGAUGCUCGUCAAUGGACGUGGGCGUAGCGAGAGCUCUGCUACGGCUGUUCCUUCUCUGAAUUGGUAUGCCCCAAGCUCAUCACUCCUCGACGCCAAACAGCAAGAAGUAGGACAGGAUCCUCGAGGACGCUCAGUAUCGGGCACGGACGAUUCUCGUGCAGACUCUCGCAACCUCCUCCGUCCCCCUCGUGAUACCUCAAGAUGGACACGUCUAGCAGAUGGAUGGGGAGGCCUCCUGCCUCCGCGCGAUUGGUUCUCUAGCCGGACAUUGGGGCCGCUCAGAAGCCCAUCGGUGCCUGUGCCCUCUGCAGAUACCCAGGCUACCUCGAAGGAACGGUCAGGCGAUGUAGGCGAGUCGGACGACAUAGCAAGCGAUGGGCGGGGACAUCCUGCUGCCAAGCAUACGAAGAAGCACAAGAGUCUCCUAUUGACAAAGCUGCGCAGGAUAGCAGAAGAUGCACCACCCCUGCCAAAGGAAAGGCCUGCUCCUAGUCGCAAGAAGACAACGAGCGACAGUACCAGCAACGGCAACGGCAAUACCACCAGUGACUGGGAAGACGUCUGGGUGCCUGAAGCAGAGGGAGGACCGACUCACCAGCUCGUGCAGCACCUUAUGCAGCCACUCGUCCAUCCUGAGAUUCCAACCGAAGGCAGUACUGAUAGCAGAGCGCAGCGCAGGGUUCGCUUUGCGAGCUUCUUGCCGACACUGAAGCAGGCGACGAGGAUGCCGUUGUACCCUCCUCUUGCUGAGCGCGAUCGCUCGUAUGCUCAGAGCGAAGAGGAACACGAGGAGGAGCAGGAGGAACGUAAAGAGGAAGACUACCGCAAAUGGGACGAGGAUCAGCGCGAGUACCUGCCGAGGUACGGUGCUGCUGCUGCCUUGCGUCAAGAGAAGCAGUCGAGGAAGAAGCCGGCGACGACUCACAAAACGCUGCGCCCCUUCUCGUUGAACAAGAGCAAGCCAGGCUCGACCGACACCCGAGACAAGGACAUCGAGCUUGGCGUCUACCCUUUCGCUUCCUCCUCUUGCGCUUCUUCUCAACGCUAUCCGCGCAAGAAUGGUCCUUACACACGUUCCACGCACCUGCUUCGUCGACGCAUCAUGGGCGUGCUCCUACCCGCAGGUGCCUCCCGCCCACUGCUACUCAGCCUCCUCCUCUUCCUCCUGCUCCUAGCCGGCACAACCAUCGGCCUCUCUCUCGGCCUCAUCGCCUCUAAAAAGUCCCUCCGUACAGCGCGCACUGCCCUUUCCCCUCUAGAGGGCCAGAUCUCAACUCUGCAAUCGCAGGCCGAGGCGCUCAAUGAGCAAAUCACCUCUUUGAACGCUCAAGUGGCUACACUGAAUAGCGAAGAGGAUGACUUGAAGACUCAGCUUGCCAGCGCGAAAGCCGAAGAGGCCAAGAGUGAGGAAGCACUCAAGACGCUCGCGGCCAAGGUGAGCAGCGCAUUGGAUGCGGCUAGUCUGAGCAGUACCAGUACCAGUGGGAGUGGGAGUGGGAGCGCGACGACGGCUUCUCCGACCAGUGCGACAACUGCAAGUACGGGGAAUGCAACGACUAGUGCGACGAAUGCAACGACGGCUAGCGCAACGAUGACGGCCAGCGCGAGGUGACGACCAUCUUUCCCUUCAUUUCCUGCCUACUUUUUUAGCUUCUUCCAUACCCAAUGUACAUAGAAAGAGUCCCCCUUCUCCUUGGUGCUUCUGCAAUCAGUCAAUCUUUACCUCGCUC